AUGGCUGAAAGCAUUGUAACGUUUUUUCUAGAGAAGUUAACCGACCUGCUUUCGCAGGAAGCAUUUCUACUCAGCAGAGUAGAAGAGCAGGUGAAGCUGUUGAGUAACGAGCUCGAAUGGAUGCGCCUUUUUCUCAAAGAUGCGGAUGCAAAGCGCAGAUAUGAUCCAAGAAUCAAGCUCUGGGUGAGUCAGAUCAGGGACGUAACCUAUGAUGCCGAAGAUGUCAUCGACAGGUUCAUGUUCGAGAUGAAUCACCAACAGCAAGGAAGUCUCAAAUGUCUCAAGUUUCUUAAGUUAAGGUUUGUUCACAAGCUCGAGUCUCGAAUCAGAGAGAUCAACAUCAAGAUUGAGAAGAUUAUGGCUAACAAAUCAAGGUACGGUGUCGAAACUUUACCAGCUGCAAGCUCUUCCAACGAAGUUGUGCCACAGAAAGAGAAGAGGGUUCCGAUCGUUGAAGAAGUCAAUGUGGUGGGGAUACGAGAGGGUGCAAAAAGUGUGAAGCAAAUGCUGCUUAAUGGAGAGAGGCGGAGAGCAGUGGUGUCCAUCGUGGGCAUGGGUGGCUUGGGAAAGACCACCCUUGCUAAGAAAGUUUACAACGAUAACGAUGUCCAGCAAUACUUUGAUUGUCAUGCUUGGAUUUAUGUCUCUCAAGAGUAUACAAUAAGGGAGCUUUUGCUAGGCAUUGCUGAUUAUGUUAUGGUUCUAUCCCAAAAGCAAAAGAGUCAAAUGAGCGAGAGUGAGUUAGGGAACAGGCUUCGUGAUUACCUGACCACCAAGAAGUACUUGAUAGUUAUGGAUGAUAUAUGGAGAAAUGAAGCUUGGGAUAGGUUGAGCUUGUAUGUUCCUGACUCUAUGAAUGGCAGCAGAGUGUUGAUCACCUCCCGCAAUAAAGAAAUUGGUUUUCAUGCUGAUCCACAAACCAUUCCCCAUGAACUUCCCUUUCUAACUGAAGAAGAGAGUUGGGACCUCUUUCUCAAGAAAAUUUUUCUGGCUGGGAGUGCAAAUGCUGUUUGCCCCAGAGAAUUGGAAGAGCUGGGAAAGAAAAUUGUAGCAAAUUGUGGGGGUUUGCCCCUUGCAAUCGUGGUCUUGGGAGGCCUUCUAUCAAGAAAAGAAAAGACACCACUCGCCUGGCAAAAAGUACUUGACAGCCUAACUUGGCACCUAAAUCAAGGUCCAGACUCAUGUUUGGGGGUCCUUGCUCUAAGCUACAAUGAUAUGCCGUAUUACUUGAAGUCCUGUUUCCUUUACUGUGGCCUUUUCCCAGAAGACUCAGAAAUCAGGACAGAUAAGUUGAUCCGCUUGUGGGUUGCAGAAGGGUUUAUACAAAGAAGAGGAAAAGAAAUAGUGGAAGACGUCGCGGAAGAUCACUUACAGGAAUUGGUACAUAGAAGCAUGAUUCAAGUGGCUGACAAAAGUUUUGAUGGAAGAGUGAUGUCCUGUCGUAUGCAUGAUUUGCUUCGAGACCUUGCCAUUUCUGAGGCUAAAGAUACAAAAUUUUUUGAGGGAUAUGAAAGCAUUGAUUCUACAUCCCCUGUCAGUGUUCGUCGACUAACCAUUCAUCAAGGUAAGAAGACCAAUUCUGAACACUUGCAUAGUUCACGUCUCCGAUCUUUCAUUUGUUUUUCUGAAUGCUUCCAAGAAAACAUUUUAAGAUCUUUAUACAGGGGUGUCAAAUUGCUCACUGUACUGGACCUAGAGAGCAUGGAUAUCUAUACCCUCCCAGAAGGUAUAGGAGAACUUAUCCACCUUAAGUACUUGUGCUUAAGGAGAACCCGCAUAGAAAGGCUUCCAUCGUCCAUAGGUCAUCUUAUUAAUCUACAAACCCUAGAUUUUCGAGGCACUUUAAUUGAAAUAAUUCCUUCUACCAUUUGGAAAUUGCACCAUUUGAGACAUCUAUAUGGUCAUGGUGUGGUUUCAAGGCAGUCAGUGAUAGAUAAGUGUAUGAAUGGUCCUUUGGGUGUUGACCACCUAACAGCCCUCCAAUCAUUAAGUUUAAGAGCAGGAAGUUGGUGCAGUGCAGAAGGGUUAGGAAAAUUAACCCAGCUUAGAGAACUGAAAAUCCGAUGGACUGAAAUACCUCAAAUAAUGUGCAAGGGCUUUUCUGAAUCUGUUGAAAAAUUAACUGCUCUUCGAUCCUUGUAUUUGUACACCACUGACGGGGAGGAAACAUUAGUCAUGCCACAACUCAUGCCUUUCUUACACCACACACACCUUUACCAUGUUCGUUUAGGGGGGAAGCUCGAGAAGUUUCCCAAUCAAAUUGAAUUCUACCCCCCAAACCUUAUUCAGUUGGAAUUGGAAUAUUGUAAUAUAGAGCAAGACCCAAUGGUGACUCUGGAGAAGCUGCCAAAUCUAAGGAUUCUCCAGUUAUUGUAUAGUUCAUACGUGGGAAAGAAAAUGGUCUGUUCUUCGGGAGGAUUCCAGCGACUGGAAACCCUUAAGCUCAAGGGUUUGAAAGAACUAAGAGAGUUAAUUGUGGAAGAAGGGGCGGUGCCAGAUCUGAAGGUUUCAAUAAUUGCCAGUUGCCAUAAAAUGGAAAGACUUCCUCGUGGAUUGCUGCAGCUAGAAAAUUUGCAGUACCUAGAGUUGUUUCAGUUGUCACAUAAAUUGAUUGAGGAGGUUAAUCAGACAGAAGGAGAAGAUUGGGACAAGAUCCGGCUUAUCACCUCCAUAUUACAGUAG